UUUUCAUUCCCACAUUCUGUAUUUUUGUUGGUCUGGCCAUCAGUUCCUACCUGACUCCGACCACUUAUCAGUUUCCUAGCCACGGUGUAGUUGUAGACUCCAGUACUCUGAAUUAUACCUGGUAUAAUACGCACAAUGUGACGUUAAAUUUUGUCGGAGGGCUUGGCAACCAGAUGUUUCAAUAUGCUGCACUCUAUGGCAUUGGAAGAGCGAACGGUUUGAAACCAGUCAUUGUGGAGGGCAGUAGCGUUGCCAAAGUCUUCUACAACCUAAAAUGCCAAAUAGAAUUUAGCACCCGCCAGAUUAGAACAUUCCAGAACGAAUACGAAUACCUGGUUUAUUACGAAAGGCGAUCAAACAUGUUUGACAGUCGAACGUUCUCUCUCAAUUUCAUGAAGAAUAUUCGCAUUAGCGGGUAUUUUCAAUCUUGGAGGUACUUUGAUCAUGCUAGGACUGAUAUAAGGAAACAGUUCUCAAGUUUUGGUCUAGAUGUCACGAGAGAUGUCAACGAUUUUAUCAAAACUUCCGUCUCCUCUUUCAUAUUCUCGAGCGAUGAGCAACAACCCGAUAGGGAUGAUAUCAAACUGGUAGGGGUGCACGUUCGCAGAGGCGAUUUUUUGGACGAGGUGAACGUGAAGAAGGGUUAUGGGGUCGCCGAUAAGUAUUUUUUCAGAAGGGCCAUGGAUUUUUUUGUGGGGAAGUUCAAAAAAGUCAUCUUCAUCGUCUGCUCCGAGGAUGAAAAAUGGAUUAAGAAGAAUAUAAAGUCAUCUGCCAUGGUUGUUUUCUCGCCUUUUGGUAUGUCACCGGAAAGAGAUUUAAUGCUGCUUGCGAACUGCAAUCACACCAUAAUAUCGGGAGGGUCGUUUGGUUGGUGGGGGGCCUGGCUAGCCCAGGGGUUGACCGUCUACUCGCAAAAAUUUCCCGAGCCCGAAUCUGAGUUGAGUUUGUCGUUUAGGAUGUCUGAUUACUACCUUCCUCAAUGGAUUCCGAUGUAG